CCAUUGAAUGAUUGAUACAAUCUGACGUCAUCAUCCAAUCAGCUUUCGUAAUCAAUCACAGCAUUCUGUUUAAAAUUAAAUCUUUGAUCAGAGCAGUUCAGAAAAUUAGUUUCUUCCAAGAGUGAGGACUUCGAAAAUUUCUAUCAAGAAUUCAGAUAUAUUUCAUCAUUACAUUAAUCAAUCGAGAAGCUGAUAUGUGGUCAAAUACUGGCGUUGACGAAUUCAGAAGCGAUGUAGAAGUGCAGGAGACAUAUCAUGAACAGAAUGCAACAGUAGAUGACACGGAAUCGUAUGAAAACAGCGACAGUUGGUCAGCGUAUUAUCAAAACUACCCAUCCAACUUCAAUGGAGCAGAGAACUACGGGUUUGCUGGCUGGGAGAAUAACAUCGACCCUCAAGGCAUUUGGAAUCAGAAUAGCACAUGGACAACAGAAUCAUCACAGAACCCUGAAUCUUCUUGGUCAAUGGAUACUGACGAAGUUGGAAACGCAGAAAUGUACAACGGAUAUGAUGCUGAACCUCAGUACAGUUCCUGGCAAAACGAGCAACAACAGCAACAGCCGGGUGGAGACCAAGCCAUUGAUAUUGUUCCUGAAGAACAGCAACCGAUGGGGGCAAGAUCUUACACUGUGUUGGACUUGGAGCAAUGUGAUGACAUCGCCAGCCUGGAAUCAAUGUAUAAAACAAUCAUGUGCGAAUUGAAUUAUCUGGAGGAAAAAAUUCACUGGGAAGAACAAAAUGGCGAUAACGAAUUGCAACAAGAAUACUGGAAAAUUGAUUCACUUUACGAGAAUCAAGUUGCCGUAAUGGAGAACAGUUUGGCAAGCAACGAGACAACCAUCUUCAAUGCAGCCUACGUCACAGCCGAUAUGAAGGCAAAAACAAAACAGAUCAUCGCUCAAGCCAAAAGCAUUGCAAACCAAACUGACGAUUACGAGGCUGCCAUAUUUGAACAAGAAAGGAAACUUAAAGGACAGGCCAAAAUUUACGGAGAAGAGGGAAAUGAAAUACUUGCAAAAGUAUAUGAAUUGGAUUCGAUCAUUGCUGAUGGAAAGGAGGUCCACGAUGAGGAGAUUGAAGACAUUGAUGAGGCCAUAAAGCAGAUGGAAGACAAAAUUGAAGGUGUCAACAACUGCGUUGAAAGGUUUGUGGAGAAUGCAAGGAAGAGCCUUGACUCAGAGAAAGAGGAUCUGAGGAAGCAAUUUGCAGAAAAGGAAAGAAUUAUUAAUGAAAUGAAGAGAAAGAAUUCAUCGAUGAUUGACACCUUGAAUAAGUCGGAGAAGAAGCUGAAUUGGAAGCAGAAAAUUCUGAGAUUCUUCAGACGCAGGCAGUAAAAUUUGAACGUGUUGGGAAUAAAUGAGAUACAAUUUUCUUUGUAUUUGCCAAAUAUUUUUGCGUUACUUUGUUAAAUUUUUCAAAGCAUCCAUGUUAUUUUUCAUUUGUAUUUUUGAAUCAAAAUGGUAUAGAGAAUCAGAUUAUUUUUAUCACGCUUUCCUUCCAUGGUAUUGUUAAAAUUGUAUAGCAAACGAGUAGCUGUGUUGCUAUUUCUUGUUUUUAGCUGUGACGUAUUUUCCUAACGUUUGAUGAAAUUGUAGGUAUUUUAGAAUUAGACAUAUACCUUUUAAUCCCUCCUUGGU